AUCGACGAUCCAGUUGUUCUCCAACAUCCCCAUCUUUUCGACAUUAUUGCUAACCGGUAUAUUUGCCCCACUUGCGACCUAGUUUAACGGUGACUGUCACAAUGCAACAGCCAGGGCAAAAAGAGAAUCGCGCAACUCCUUCCUGCACGGAGUGUCAAAGGCGGAAACAGAAAUGCUCCCGUGAAUGGCCAUGCAAUCAUUGCCAGGCACGCAAAGUGCCACAUUUGUGCCAAUUCGGCCAGAAAAAAAUUGAGCAGAAACAAUCAAGUGCACAAGCCGAUGUGCGUGGCCAAAAGCGCGACUUCAAGGAAGAUCACGAUGAGCAGGAUAGCGUUGUGGAGAAUGGUCCCGAUGAUGUCGAGAAUGGCUUGAAAGCAUGGGGUUACAUGCCCGGGCAUGUGCACUAUGCUCUUGCCAGCAAUGACGAAGAGGAUAAGCAAAACUCGCCAGCGAGCUCCGAGUCAGACCAUGCCAACAGUGCAGUUGAACUUGUCUUGCAUGCAAUCCCUCCUCGGUCAAUAACCGAUACUUUUGUAAACCAUUUUCUCACAGUGGUAAACUAUCGAUACAAUGCUAUUUAUGGACCGACGUUCACCGAAAAUUAUGUUCAAUGGUGGACUGAUCGUGCAAGUGGCAAGAAGCUUUCUCCUGAGUUCACUUGUCUCCUACUUCGAAUAUUGGCCUAUUCUGUGCAGUAUUUGACAGUGGAGAUUAGACGAAUGGUCGAAUUUGAACUCGCAUGUUCAUCGCAACAGUUGACCGAGAGGUUCGGAGGUGCGGCAGAUCAGCUAAGCUCAACUUUCCCACCUUCCAAGUCUAGUUUGGAACGUGUUCAGGAACAAUUCCUGAGGGGAGCUUGGUUGAAAUCAGAGUCAAAGAUUGUCGAAUCCUGGCAUGCGCUUGGAUCGACUAUUCGCGAGGCCCAGGAACUAGGCAUGGACAAAGACCUAGGCAUUGAGAAUCUCAGCGAGUUCGAGAUCGAAAUCAGGCGACGAAUAUGGACUUUGCUCUACAUCUGGGAUUGGCAAAUGGGGGCAUGGCUAGGCCGACCCAACCAGAUUAACCAGAAGGACUGCAAAUUUGUCUUCCCUAAUCUUCGCCUCGACGAGUCAGCGUCAACACCAAAUUUACUAUCAGCAUUCGCCCAUAUGUCACUUCAAGCCAUGCUGGGUCGUAGAAUAGCAGAUUACCUCAACGAACAUCCCGUCGGACAACCGCUUUCUGCAGACCAGGUCUUUAUGAUACAGGGCGAAUGUGAGCUCUUCACCGCUGAACUUCCACCUGUUUUUAGGAUCCAAGACCCAGAUCUGUCCCUCGAUGAGACUCAUCCUUACUACGUGUUCCAGCGUUCCCAGCUGCAUGUGGUUAUAUAUACUGUCCAGCUGGACUUCCUGAAACCAUAUCUUACUCGCAGCCACGAAGAUGAACUGACCUCGCAUGAUGAUGAAUUUCGGUCGAUGGGCGUCGAACUUGGGUUAAAGCUUCUUAGAAAAGCACGAAUCUUGUUUGACCAUGAGUUUCCCAUCAACGCCAAAUUCCAUCUUGUUGUAUUCAGUAUCUUCGACACGGCAACCCUCAUGUGUUCAGCCAUUAUUCAUGAUGUCAGGAAGACCCUUCCCCAUCGCGAGCGGGUAAUGGAUGAAAUCGAAAAUGGUCUUGGAAUGCUGCACCAACUGAGCUCGACGUCAAAGAUCGGCGCCUCCUCUUACAACUUCCUCCUCAAACUCGUGCAAGCCUCACCUGUUUUAUCCCGCCACAGUCGUAUCGGCAAGCGUCAACGGCUCGGAGCCACCUCAUCAUCCGUCGAAAACUCCUCAUUCGACGAAGCAAAGCCCACAAUUAUCUCUGCCUCUCCCAGCGUGAACAAGUCCGAUAAUAUCGAACCUCACCCUCAGCACUCCUUUACCGAUGACCUAAACUUCGAUCUCGACCAGUUCCUCCAGCAAAAUCCGUUCGGCACCGAUGCUUCCGCUGACAUGGGCGGACUGGAGCAGAUUUGGGACUGGGAGGCGCUUCAUCUGGAGGGAUUGAAUAAUGGGGAACCGGCGCUUUCUCAAGCCUCACAAGCCUAGUUGUAUUUCAUGCGGAGAAUGGGUCCCCGGCAGGGGUCGUAACGGAAUUUCUGUUGCUAGAUGCAUAUUGUUUCGGUAUAUUAUUUGUAUUGUGGUCACAUUAACUUUUUGACUAUGUUAGCAUUGCUAGUCAGGUAGACAAUGACAUGAAUCUUCC